CGCUGCACCCUCCUGCUGGCGGCCCCGGCGCGUGGGUGUGCCGUCCAGGCGGGGUGCUGGUUUUGGAAACUGAAGCCAGUGAAGAGCAGCACUUCCAACGCAGCAACUGUACCAGUCUGGGCUGUUCUGAGCGGAGCAGAAGUAGGUGGUUUCUGGAGAUCAGCCUGCAGCAUGUUCAGACACCAUCAGCUACAGAGGGGCGUGCGUGCCAAUGGGCCUGAUCCUGCGCUGCCUGUUACGUUAUGCAAUCCCCAGCAGUGAUGCCAGGCAGGGGGCAAAGCCUGAAUGCUGUUACCCCUCUGAUCAGCCCCCCAAGCUCCCCUGUGCUGCUCGAGUGGCCGCUUGCCCAGGCGGACCACGUGGCCCUACGGCAGGGCUGGUGGCGUGCCCACCGCUGGCUUCGUGCCCACCACCAGCUCUGUGCCUGCAGGACCCGGCCAGUGUGGCUGCUGGCCCCUGAUCUUUGGCCGCAGUGGAGCCAGUGGGUUAAGGGACUCAACUCUGCUGCUGCUGUCAGAGUAACCUGAGUAAUCUGUGCAAUAACAGAGUUUCCAGACAAAGGAAAUGGUAGCUCUUCUCCCUGGGUUGCUGCAAAGUAUUCAAUAUGCUGCCACCCGGGAAAUUACUCAUUAAGCUGGAGAAGAUGAGAUCGAUGAGAGGAUUAUGUGAUGGCUAAGAACCUGGUUAAAUGGUUGUCAAGAGCAAGGGGGCUUGGAAAUAGAAUAUUGAGCUGGAGGAGAUUAUUAGCAGAGUUUCUCAAGUUUUGGUUCAUUUGUACUUUUGUUGAUGACCUGGGUGCACAAAGUUGGAGCGAGCUGACAAAGUUCACUGGUGACACGAGGUGUGGCACCUCGAUGGUAUUGCAGAGGAGGAGAGGACUCAGCGCUGGGAGACAGGGGGGAGCGGGACAUGGGGGUGCGGCAGUGGGUCACGUUGGCCUCAGGGCGUGGGGCAGAGGCAUGACCCUGCCCACGGCGCAGCAGAGGCACAGGGAGGCAGAGCACAAUGCACGUGCCUUGUGCCGCUGCUCCUCGCACUGGCUUGCCCGGCGUCAGCAUGGCGGAGACCUGGCAGCUGGGUCCUGUCUGGAGCCGGGUGGGAGCAGAGCUGGGGCAGCUCUCCUCGCUCCUCCCCGAGGGCAGAGACACCUCAGGCCUCUGCAGCAUCCCCCGGCUGCGAGUUUCACAGCUGAGCUGUACAGUGCGAGAAGGUUCAUCCUUAUGUGCACUUUGUACUUUCUGCUUAAUUUCAGGCACAGGCUGCAGACAGCUUGCUGGAGAUGCUGUCUUCCUGCAGUACAAUGCGUUGCUAAUGCAGCUGUGUGAGCAAACUCCUCUUAAGAGCAUGGAAGCUCUGCCAACAAAAAUGUGUUUUCCUGUUGUAGCUUAAAUUCCCUGAAUGAGGCAGGCUACAACGGCAAAAACCUCCUUUGCUGGUGUAAUUCUAUGGUCAGGAUUGCCUCCCAUCAGUCCUCGGAGGGAGGAAUUUGUCUUGCACUCAUAAUCAGCAUAGCUGUGCAGCAAAACUGCGUGCAGACCGAGCCAGCAGGGCACAGCACUGAGCGGCUGUGGGGUAAGCAAUCCAUCUGUUCCUGGGACUCUCCUGCUGCUCUCGCUGUUCCACUGAUGUCGGUCCUGGAGUCUCGAGGGGAGGGGAGAGGGGCAGUGCAUGCAGCUCCAGCUGCUGGGCUCAGUGUUUGCAGUGCUGUAUUUGUCCCCUCCAGCUGGAGCGGGCAGGGAUGCAGCCCCGCAGCCAACUCCGCGUCCCCUCUGCACAUCUCUCCCUGGCUCUCCCGUGUGGCCAGGACACUGCCCUGCUCCCCGUGGCCGUGCUGGGCAUUUCCAGCAUGUUGGGACAGGUGGGGGCACAGCACGGGGCAGCCGUCCCGCAGGGUGCAGCCGGCUCAACGCCCGCGCUCCGAGCCGCGUGCCAGCAGCAGAGCGUGCAUCCCAUCCUCGUGCCAGCGAGGCAGAGGAACAGCCAGCAGAUUUCCUGGCUGGACUUCGGCUGGCACCCGGCAAGGGGAAGCCAAAGCCCCCGCGUUGUUUACCAUCCGCGGAGGACACCACGUUUCCCCGGGUGGCUCGACGCUGAGCAGUGCAGCGGUCCUGUUUUGGGGGUUUCCAGCAGCAGUGGUGCCCUGUGGGUCCCGGCUGAGGGCAGCCCCGUGUGCCUGGCCCUGCCACGUGGCUGUGCAGGAGCUCACCCUGGCCUCAGCAGCAGCUGGUCCCACAGGGGUAAGGUAUUGAUCCCAGGUUUUAACUGAGGCCAGUGAAUGUCAGAGCAAUUAAGGGAGAAAAAAUAUCAUGUGGCUUCUGAGGGAUGAGGGCUGCUUUCCUUCUGGAGAAGGAAAGGAAAGGCUGGGAGCUUUCUUACAUAGGGGCUCUGAAGGCAGGCUUGAAGGGUCAGCAUGGAUAUUUGACCAUGGAAACUGCAGGUGAUGUACUGAAGUUUUGCCUAAACUUUCUGGAAUUAACUCUCUUUGUAAAUCUACCAGUGUUUAUUUUUUAAAUUCGGUAGCUUUUUAGUGGCAGUGCUUUUCCUUUUCUCUCUCCUUUUUGUGAGAGGAGAGUGGACUGUCUAAGGGACCAAACCUGUUUGCUCCAUUUCCCUAUCUGCUCUCAGAUAUUUGACAUUUACUGUGAAACGAGCCCCCGGCUCGAGCCCUGAUGGUUCCUCGCAGGGGAUCCUCAGAGGUCAGGCAGCAAGAGGGAGCAGCUUUCUCUGUCCUGACAAACCAGCCAGGUACAGACGGCGACCCCACUGCAGCCUUGCCACGUGUGGAAGGACCUCAGCAUAUUGAACCUUAUCUCAAAACUAAAACCCACUGCAUAGCUGACAAACCACAGCCUGGCCCUGCUGCACCCAGGGGCCCAGCCGUGCCAUGGGCAGCAGCGUGCGACUGCUUCCUGCAUGUGCCAUGCUCGGGCAGCGCUGCCGCUCCAUCGCGGUCCUGCCGGGCCUCUGUCCUGCCAGGGAAGUGAGCUGGUGCAGUUUGUGUUGUUUUGCAGAAAGGUGUUAAGCUGCCUGGUAGCAGCUGCUGAAGUUCAGGUUGGAUGCUCUGACAGUGAGCGUGCAGCCCCUGCUGCCUCCUUGUGCUUGUUCUGCUGCAGUGCUCCCUCACAGCUUCCUAAUUUUGGAGCCAUGGGGCAGAUGGGCCAUGAGCAUCCACACGCUGUGCAGGACCACCUGUGUCCUGAAGAGCUUCUGCCUUUGGCUCUGUCCUCACGGUGUUCCACAUGGAAAUGCUGUCUUGUGGUGAUGCGGGGUGCCUGCUGGCAGGGGUCUGCUCCUCCCAGCAGAGCUACACUGGGGGCUACGGGGGCAGCAUCUCAACAGUGGGGGGUUCCUUCUUCCAUCACGCAGGACCUCGCAGCCCUGGCUCAUGCUGGCCUUGGGGACGAGGCUGGUGCUGGAGAAGGACGGUCUGUGGGACCAGGCUCUACAGGCAAGGCUGGCAGCACCUGCUUCACUGCUUGUUCUUCGUCUUUAUAAUCACGUAAUUAAAGCAAUUAAAAGGUGAUUACCGACUUGUUCUGCUCUAUGGCAGGAUUAAAGGGCUGCAAAAUCUUUUACAGGUGGCACAAAUUGUCCUUUUUGAAAGGUGAGGUGGAGCUGGGGCUCUUCUAUGGAUGAUACUUUGCCAAGUGUGGGGGAGCCCCUGAGUUGCCAAACAUGAAUAAAAACCAUAUUGUCCUCAGGUCUGUGCUGUGGGGCUGUGCAUGGGCCUCCGAGUCCUGGCUGCACGUGUCUGUUUGGAACUUGCCUCUGGCCCUGCUGCUGCUUUGGUCUCAGCUGCCAUUCGCGCCUGAAAGGCAUGAGCUGGAACCCGUGUUUGCUUAAAAUUAAGAGAUGGAAUGGGAGACGCUUGGGAGAGGAGAUGCCAGAGAUUUGGGGAGCCCUCAGCUUAUGGAAGGGAAAUGUGGGGUAACUCCAUGUCUGGGAGCCAGACACCCAGCCCUUCCAGAGAUGUUUGCUUGGUGCCGUGACCGCCACGGUCAGCACAGGGGGUGCCGGGCAGCCGCUCAGGGCUGAUCUAGCUGUGCUGCUGCUGAGAAGCUAGGAAGCAGGAGUAAGUCAAGUCAGUGUCCUCAGUGCUCAUCCUGGUCUGGCACUGUUCCUCAGGGAUUUUAAGGUGCUUCCCAGAGAGCUGUGUGAGACCUGAUGUCCCCUGUCACAGCGGGGGAUAAGGGGCACGCAGGGGGUGGGAGCAGGGACAGGAGCAAGUCCCUGGUGGCUGAGACGUCCAUUCUUUGGCAGAACCACAAGGGCGUUUAGGCCAAAGCAGUGGCAUGCUACCUCCUCCCCAGGCAGUUCUGGGGCAGGAAAGCCCUGCUGGUGCUGGUGCCCAGUCCGCAGCUCCUGGGUCAGCAGUCUGGAUUGCCCGGAGCUGAUUCUGUGAGGUUUUAUGGUUGGGAUUUGUUUGUCUCCCUUGGAAGAGCUGUGGCUUUUUUGUGCUUGCAGAUGCCAAGUGGUUCCAGCUGGGGAGGCUGGGUGUUCUGCAUCAGGCAUUUGCUGCUUCCCAUCGGGGACAGGGGAAAAGGCAUGUGAGUGACGAGGCACCGAUGGGCCUGACUUGUCCUGGGUGUCCUGAGACUUUGUGGGUCACCUUCCUUCGAGUAAGCAUUAAAAGGAGGGCUUGGGUUUUGGAAGUAUUUGGAAUGCAUUUGAAACCCAUUUGGGCACAGGCAGAGCCCGUCCAGCUGGGUGCUGGCCACCCAGAGGCGGUGAGCAAUAGCUCGCUCCUCCUGCAAAACCAGUAUUCCUGGUGGACGGUGUAAAACUGGUGGAUUACUUUUUUUCUGGUGUUCCCUCGGCCUUUUCCCCUGCCAGCCCCUUCACUGGUGUCCCUGUUUCCCUCUUUGACCUCGCACCACAAGGACUUGCCACACACGUUGCCCCCUCGGCACUGGGUCAGGGGGGCAGCAGUCUCCUGCUUCGCGCCGUGCCUCGCAGGCAGCGGCGUUCGCUGUCAGCAAACUGCCGGGGCUGCCGGUCGAGGAGCUGCGGAGUGCCAGAGGGGCCCUGCGACACCACGGCUGCCUGCGCUAAUUAUGGACAUACGAGCUAAUUGCAGAGACUGUUAAAUACCGCGUGGUUCUCCUCCAGAUGCCAGACCCAAUUGGUCCCGGACUGAUGUGAAUACCUGCUGAGCCUCCUCAAAUGCAGCUGCAUGCACGUGGAGCCAGCUGCCCCCAGGAGGCACCAAGGUGUGCCAGAGCCUGAUGGCUCCCGGUGCCCUGGUCACCAGGGCACGUGCUGCAUCAUGCAGGGCGGUGUGGAGAUGCCAUCCUUGCUGCCUGCAGAGGCUGCAGUGUCACCGGAGUUGGUUUUCCUGAAUCCUUAGCAUGCAGUUAUGUGUUUCAGCCUGUUCUGCCUUAUCUGUGCAGCCCUCUACCCUUCUCCGGUGGUCACGUGCUCUCCUGGCUUAUUUAAAUGAUAAAGACCCAGUGCUUUGCAGGAAGGGGUGAGGGUCCUGAGCUGUGAGCCCGUAGGAGCAUGGCUUGGGCACCCCACUUCCAAAGGGACAGCCUGUGGCAACUUUGCCAGCUUGAAAAUAAAUAAUGGCGAGGAAGAAAAAGCAAAAUGUCCUCCGCUCAUCUGCACUUGCAGCUCAGGCUGCUCCAAGCUAUUUAUGGCUCUUGGCCGUGGUGGCUCGAUGUGCGUGCAGCGUUGGCGCUGAUCCUGCAGCCUGGGGGCACGGCCCCGGUGGCCUCACGGAGGGGUCUCGCCAGGACCCUGCAUCACAGCGUGGCUGUUACAGGGUGAGGGGGGUCCCUGCGAGGGGCAGACCCCACAGCAGUGGUUGGGACACGGUACCUGCCGCCUGGUAACUCCGGCUGUGCCGGGCUCUUCUUGCUCUGUUGCCCAGACGGGCCAGGUGUAGCUGUGCAGCAGGACUGGGGAGAUGGGGACGUGGGCUUGGUGGGAGCAAACCCAGCGUUCCCCUUCCCAUCACCUCCUGCCCUCCCCUUGGCUGCCCUGCUGCAUCUCCUGCGUGCCCGCCGCCCUCCUGGAGCCACACCAGUGUUCAAACCUUUGCCUGCUUCCUGCCCAACCUGUUUCAGGCAUUUCCCCGCGGAGCCACCCUUUUAAAUAACAAAGCAGCAGUCCUGCAGUGCCUCUGGCUUGGAGAAACAUUAACGAGGGGAGGUGUCGGGGCUGGGGAUGGUGUCCAGGCUGGCACUCAGCCUCUGCCGCUCCACGCUGGGCUCCCGUCAGGACGUGUGAUAGCAGCAGCAGCUCCCGGGGUGUGAAGACGGCUGUCCUGGCUGAUGCGGCAGGGGCGAUGUGGGGAAGAUGAUGGAUUUCCUACGGGGCCUGCUGUCUGCAGAAUUCUUCGAAAUGCUGGAGAAAAUGCAGGCACCAAAACUUGAAGAACAGAGAACUGGAAGCCAAAAGCAUAAGGAAGACUACAUCCCGUACCCCAGCAUCGAUGAGAUCCUCGAGAAGGGCAGCCCCUACCCACUGAUCAUCCUGCCCCAGUUUGGGGGAUACUGGAUCGAAGACCCGGAAAACCUUGGCACGCCCACCUCGUCCGACAGCAGCAUCUGCGAGGAGGAGGAGGAAAACCUCAGCCCCAGCACCUACGGGUACAAGCUGGAGUGCAAAGGAGAGGCCAGAGCCUACAGGAAGCAUUUUCUGGGGAAGGACCAUUUAAAUUUUUACUGUACGGCCAGCAGCCUGGGAAAUCUGAUUCUUUCUAUUAAGUGUGAGGAGGCAGAUGGCACUGAAUACUUAAGGAUUAUACUCAGGUCCAAAGUGAAGACAUUGCAUGAAAGGAUCCCUCUGGCAGGAUUUAGCAAGCUGCCUAGCAUCCCACAGAUUGCAAAGGCCUUCUGCGAUGAUGCCUCCGGACUGAAGUUUAACCCAGUUCUGUAUCCCAAGGCGUCCCAGAUGAUAGUGUCUUACGAUGAACACGAAGUCAACAACACAUUCAAGUUUGGUGUGAUCUACCAGAAGUUCAGGCAGACCCAGGAGGAAGAGUUGUUUGGCAAUAAUGAGGAGAGCGCUGCCUUCAAGAACUUCUUGAAUUUGUUGGGAGACACCAUAACGCUGCAGGACUUUAAAGGUUUUCGAGGAGGCCUGGAUGUCAGCCACGGGCAGACGGGGGCCGAGUCUGUGUACACCAUGUUCAGGGACAGGGAGAUCAUGUUUCACGUCUCUACAAAGCUGCCUUUUACUGAAGGAGAUACGCAGCAGCUGCAGAGGAAGAGACACAUUGGCAAUGACAUUGUGGCAAUUAUCUUUCAAGAAGAGAACACGCCGUUCGUCCCAGACAUGAUUGCCUCCAAUUUCUUGCACGCCUACAUUGUUGUACAGGUGGAAAACCCCGAGACAGAUAACACAUCCUACAAGGUCUCCGUCACGGCCCGUGAGGACGUCCCCUCCUUUGGCCCGCCACUGCCGAGCCCGCCGGUGUUUCAGAAGAGCCCCGAGUUCAGGGAGUUCCUGCUGACCAAGCUCAUCAAUGCUGAGAACGCCUGCUGCAAGUCAGACAAGUUUGCAAAGCUGGAGGACCGAACGCGUGCCGCCUUGCUGGACAACCUGCACGACGAGCUCCACGGGCACACCCAGACCAUGCUGGGGCUGGGGCCUGAGGAGGACAAACUGGAGAACGGAGGGCAUGGAGGCUUUCUGGAAUCAUUCAAGAGAGCCAUCCGGGUGCGCAGCCACUCCAUGGAGACGAUGGUGGGCAGCCAAAAGAAGCACCACGGCAGUGGCAUCCCGGGCAGCCUGAGUGGGGGCAUCGCGCACAACAGCGGAGAGGUGACCAAGACCACCUUCUCGCCCCCCGUUCCAGCAGCCACAGCCAAGAACCAGUCGAGGAGUCCCAUCAAGCGCCGGUCGGGGCUGUUCCCCCGCCUGCACACGGGGUCUGAGAGCCAGUCGGAGAGCAGGACAAGGUGUGACAGUGUUUCCGGAGCCCAGAAGACACCAGAUGUGGGACAUUCAUCACAAGAGAUGAAAUCUGAAACCUCAUCCAACCCCAGCUCCCCUGAAAUAUGCCCCAACAAAGACAGGCCAUUCAUCAAGCUGAAGGAGAACGGGAGGUCAAACAUCUCGCGCUCCUCCUCGAGCACCAGCAGCUUCAGCAGCACGGCGGGGGAGAGCGAGACGCUGGAGGAGUACGACAGCGUGGGAAGCCAGCCAUCCACGGCAUCGCCCUUCAAGCAGGACGUGUUUGUCUACAGCGCAUCGCCUGGCAGCGAGAGCCCGAGCAUGGGGGCCGCGGCCACCCCAGUCAUCAUGAGCAGGAGCCCCACAGCAGAUAUAAAGAACAGAAACUCUCCAAGGUCAAAUCUGAAGUUCCGCUUCGACAAGCUCAGCCACGGCAGCUCCAGCACGAGCCACUAGCAGGAGAAAGAAGUCAAGAACUUUUCAGCGAGAAUUUUUGUUCCAGUAAAGGGAAAACUAUUCACCACCCAGUGGGAACGCGCACGCCCUGCACUAACAGCGAGGUCCCCUCGCCGCUGCAGCUGAACCCUGCGCCGGGAGGAAGCCGUCACCGUCACCAUCACCGUGCAGCCGCUCCUGUCCUCUGGCAGAGACCCAGCCACCCUGCCCCAGCCGAUGGCGUUGCUAGCUCAAGGGCACUCUGCCCCCUGCCCCAGGAGACUCCUGCCCACCUACCCCACGUCCCCCCUGCAGUGCCGGGUGUGCUGCGGCGCUGGGGCCAGGUGAGUGCCAUGCCUCUGCCCCAGUGGGAGACCCGCACCCUGCGGCUGGGGCACCAGCACUAGCCUCCCCCUGAGGCUGGCCUGCCCAUCCCAGGGUGCGGGAGGGAGGCCAGGCGGACCCCCCACGAGGUUUGGGGGUCUCCUCCCUGUAUGUGUAGUAUCAGUGCGGAAACACUUUCUUUUUGUAUUUUUCCUUUUGGAAGGGCAGGCGGUCAGGGCACAGUUAGGGGUUUCAGCGGCGGGCGGUUGCGGUGGCUUUCUCCCCAUUGUUGCUCUCCUCUGCCAAGGGUCGGGAGGCAGCAGGGCAAUGCUGCCUGGCACAGGGCUGGCGGGGCAGCAGCACAGGACCUCAUGAGCUGCCUUCUCUUCUCCUCCCGACCAGCUCUGCUCCUUGGGUUGCAAAUUUUCAAGGCAAAUGCAGCCUCGUGUCCCGUGCCUCCUCAGGUGCUGGCACAGGAGGCAGCUGGGGUUGACUUGUCCUCUCUUGGCAGCUCAGGAGAUGGCUUAGGUGGCCUCUGUGUUUUUUCGCUGACCAAAACUCCAAGCAUGGGCCUGGAAAAGAUUAACCAAAGCUAAAGCUGUACUAUAACUAAAUACUAAAACUGGCACUUGGAGUGGAUUUAUCCUGUGGGCUCUGCCUUAUCCUGUGUGUUAGCUUGCCAGGCAAACAUGCAUAAAGCGCCAGUGAUUUUUGAUGGCAUUGGGCUUUACCCCUUGCAGAAUUUGUCCCUCUGCUUUUGAACAUGCUUUUGUUUACUUUAAAAGAAGAGGAUUAUGAGUUCUGGAAGGUGACUUCCCUAUAACGCCCUUUUCCAAAAAAUACCUCUCUAAUCAUGCCACAGAAGUCCCUUUGCUCUUAUGGAGCUUUGUCUAAAGUUUACUGAAGUCUGUCCGCUAAUUUCAGGAUGCUCAUAGAUUUCCCUUAUGGAUUUUUUUAAAUAAUACACUGCAGUGCUGCAGAAGUGCAGCACUGCAUCUUGCCAUAAUCCAUAAUCUUUGCAAAAAACACCCCAUGAAAUAAGGUUCUUGAUUUCAAGUGAAAACUGUUUUGUCAGUUCACGAUUCCCAAUGAAAACAAAACUUCGAGUGCCAAAGUUAAUCUUAAACAGCAGGAGCUCAGAGGGGCACAAGUGUGUCUGAGCAGCUGGCCUGGUGGCUGCGGUGAUGCGCAGGGCGAGGGCUUGUGGCAGAAACCCACUGCCCCUGCCCCACCUCCUCCCACCUGGGCCAGAGCAAAACCAAGCUGAUCCGAACCGGCUGUGCUGAAUGAGGCUCUGCGUGGUACUGGGAAACAACUGGAAUGUGUGCUCCAAAUGGGUGCUCCCACUUGUGUGUGUGAUUUGCACAUUUGAAUAGAAAAGGCUGUAGCCCUCAUGGGAGAGGAAUCAGGUUAAAGAAGGAACCACAUUGCGGAAAAAGCAGAGAAUGCUUUCGCAGGCAUUGAGCGUGCUGUGGAGGAUCAGUAAAUACAAAUAACCAGCAAUGAUGACACUCCCUCAUGCUUUCAGUGAGUUGCUUUUAAAUAACAUUUAAAUCUUGAGAUUUUCUUUGAAAGAGGAAAAGCACAACGCAUUUAGCCCGGUCUGCAGCUAGCUCUGGAUGUCUCAGGUUCCAGAUACUUUGCUGUUCAGUUCUGCUGUCUGAUGAUGCUUCAGUAGCACUUUUAAGCCCAUCCCCAGUUCUUCCUCUUAGAAACUUGGUCUGGUUUUCUUAUGCCCUGCAGUGAAAUACUGACUGGUGCAAAACCUUGUUUUGAGGGUCUGUUUUUGUUUGUUCAUUUGUUUUUCUCCUAUGAAGUUGCUUGAUUCUAUAGAUGUCAUCAUUCGCAUGGGUGUUGAUCUCUGUGAGAUCUUUCAGCAGAAGAUGCAGUGGCUACUCUUGUCUGGGUUUUUCAUUUCUGAGUUGUUUUUUUUUUUCUUUUUUCUCACUUGAAACUGUGACUUUCCUUUUUGACCUAGGUCAAUUUGUAGAAUUAUUAGAAGGUGGUUAAAAGGCACGCAGGACAGUUUGAAGCUCCAGGGAGAGAGAUGCAACGUGUUAGAUGUGUCCUGAACCGUUCCAACCGGCUGGGAUGGCAGCAGGGCCGGGCAGACAAGGUCUGCCAGCUGCUCCUAUUCUUCCUGGGGCAGUUUCAAAAGUGCUGCUCAGAACUGGCUGUAAAACCAGCUGCAAGAUCCUAAAUAACAAUGGGCUUUUAAAGCUCCUGUCCCAGCCAAGCUCUAGUGCAGCUUCUGCCUAUCUGCCCUGCCCUGCAGCCCUGUGCAGCAUCCCUUUCAGUUCUGGGAUUGUCCUAGGUCACCCUGCAGCAGCGCUGGGGACUGCUGAGCAGUUGUGUUCAACCUCGGAGGCAUUUGCACUCCAGCACGGGGUGAAGAUGUUCCUGCAUAUAUAUUGCAAAAUGUUUUGUGCUUAUAUGUGACACACACACAUACAUAUACAUAUAUAUAUAUAUAACAGAAAGGAUCUCUUGCUGACACUAACUGGUGGGGCAGUGCACGUCAGAGCUCGGCAGCUCCUGCCUACUGCUGGUGCUGGUGCUCUGCGGCACGGAGGAGCCCAGCAUGGGGCUGCUGGGGGCUGCCCAGGAGGCCUCGGGGCCGCUGCUCCACAGGCUCAGCAGUCGCAGCCCAGGGCUUAGGGCUGCAGCAGGGAUGCCCAGUGUCUGAGCCUCGGGGCAGCGGUUUGCCUGUCCCGUCUGCACUGUUUACAUGCACGCAGCUCAUACCAAACUCAGAAAUGAUGCUGCACAGCGAACACCGGAGGUAGGACCGCAGCUCGGGGAGGCUCAGGGGGAGUUCCCGGCUCUGUAGGACAGGUCUCUGCUGUCCGGGUGUUUGCUUCCCUUUUUCCCUGGAUUUCGGUGCCCUGGUUACUCCUGCUGCACCCUGCCUCCUGCUUGGCACAGACUUGCUGGCUACCCUGCUGAGGGGCAGGCCCAGGCCCAGGCCCAGUUCUGCCUCCCAGGACCAGUGUCAGGGCUCAGGGCUGUGCCAUGCACGCCACAAGCCUGCAGGGAUGUGUUGCAGUCCCUCGUGCGCAUCCCUGCCCACCCCACAGCCCCCCGGGGCACUGCAGGGCCCGUCCUAAGGGCGAGGGUGCGCGGGAGGCGCCAGCACCACCGGCCUCCUUGAGGGCUCCCCCAAGCCAAGCACAGGGUUAUGCUCAAGCACAACGUGAAAGUGCUUUUUUUUCUGGGUGAAGAGUGAGGGUGCUAAGCACAGAGUCAGUUUCUUUCCAGGGUUUUGGGGGUCUUCAGGAAUGGCAGCUGAAGGGGCCAGGUUACUUCCUUGACAUAACUGGGCUUGUUAACCCUGACUGAGGAUCUGGCUCAGAGGUUUCUCGGCUGUCUUUGUCUUGACUGCAAGAGGUGGUUAGCACUGAUAACUGCUCUUAAAGGCAGUGGCUGGUGUCAGAGCUCAGCACCUCUGCAGAUCACACCUUGCACUCAUGCUGCUUUGCUUAUGUUCCAACUCUGUCCACUAGAGCUGGUCAAGAAGCUCUCAUUUCUGAAUCUUAGAGCAUGCUUUCAUUAUGUUUUAAUGAAUGUAGCACUGCGUAUACCCUGCAAAGGAAAAUGCUGAAUUUAUAUCAUUAGAAUGUGAAGAGAGUUUAUAGAGUGAAAAAAAAAUCUUGAAGAAAUGUAUCUGACAAAAGUUUAUUUUUUAUGUAGAGAGGCGGUGCUUUGUAGUUCCUGGUGGCCUAUGUCUGUUGUAAAUAAUGUACAUUUAAUUUAUUGCUAUGGUAGCAGAUUGUAUUUGUUAUGUAUAAAACUAAAGGUUCACAAAUGUAUAUUUUGUUGCUUAAAUGUGUCUUUGCAAAAUUCACAAUAAAUAACAUAUUUUGUGUC